AGAGAGAGAGGGAGAGAAAGAGCGCUUCCCGAUUCACAUGGGCCUGUCCUGCACUGCACUUGUGAAUCGGAGGGGAAGGAUUAAGUUGUGCCUGGUGAGGUAAGGCUCUUUUCUUUCCCUCCUCUCCAAUGGCGGAUGUUCUUCGUUUGCCUUAUCAUAUACACCGCUUUCCUUCUCCUUCUCCUUUUCCCCUGAUAUUAUCUUCUCCAUCGUCUUUCACCUCUUUCCAACUUGGGUUCCAACCAAAGCAAAAUUUAGAUAGUAGGAUUUGUUCAGUAGCAGAUUCUUUUGUUGGUACCGCCGCUCCCCUUUUCUUUAGGCAUCCAAGACGAUUGAUUUCUUCAAAGGUACAGGCAACAGUUACUGAAACUGAUCAGCCAAAAUGGUGGGAAAAAAAUGCAGGACCAAAUAUGAUUGACAUUCAUUCUACACAAGAAUUUUUGAGUGCUUUAAGUGAAGCUGGAGAUAAACUGGUUAUUGUUGAAUUUUAUGGCAGUUGGUGUGCUUCUUGCCGGGCAUUGUUUCCCAAGCUAUGCAAGACUGCUGAAGAACAUCCAGACAUUUUAUUCCUAAAAGUGAAUUUUGAUGAAAACAAACCUAUGUGUAAAAGCUUGAAUGUGAAGGUUCUUCCUUAUUUCCACUUCUAUCGUGGUGCAGAUGGGCAGUUGGAAUCAUUUUCAUGUUCACUUGCAAAGUUUCAGAAAAUAAAGGAUGCUAUUGCAACACAUAAUACUGCUCGAUGUAGCAUUGGUCCACCCAAAGGUGUUGGGGAUCUCAAUCUUGAAGCCUACUCUCCUCCCAAGAACAAGCCGGCAUAAUCUUAUCCACUCGCACAAUGAUGUAUCUGUGUAUCCUUGUUGCUCUGAUGCUGGUGCUCUCCAAGCUGCUUAUGAUGGAAAGAUUUCUACUUCUAAAUUGUAUAGGUGCAUUUUAUUAUACAAGAAUUCAUGGGAAGGCGUGUGGUGAUUUGAUCAAUUUUAUUCGCUUGUAAUUUACCAUAAUGUUGAACUCUUGGUUGAAGUGGAAAUUUCAGGGUCUGAGAAUUUAUUUGUGAUGGUGCA